CAAAUAAUUUAUCAAAAAAUCAAAUUGUAAUAUUCACCUUUUAAAGUGGGGAUUGGAAAAAAAUGGUGUAUUUUUAUUUAUUGAACCUGUGAUUGAGUCAUUUAAAUGAAAAAUAAAUCCGUUUUCAAAGAUUAGAAUCUAUGAAUCUUGGUCGAGUCUCCUAACCCUACAUUUUAAUGUCAUUAUCAAUCAGAGACAACUUUAAUAAUUCUAUUAUUAUCUAUUCUAUCUAAGGACAACAAUUACCAAUAUCAAAUAGUUUUAUUCAGAAAUAGCCUGUUUUGAUUUUUAAUCAUAUGAUUCAUUAGAAAAUGGAGAUGGAUUUAGAUAUCUCUGAUGAAGACUAUGUGAUUGCUAUGGUGAAACAGUCCUUUCCGACUGACCCAUUUGAAUCUAGAGCAUGGAUGCUUACAGCAAAAUCAUUGUAUCCAGCAAAUUUUGGAGUUCAGUUCCAAGCUUAUCGAAUUCAAAAGGAACUACAAGCUAACAUAAAGGGGGCAGCUAAAUGUUUUAGUGAUUUGAUUGGUAAAUUUGAAGAAAAAGAACAAUUAUGGAAAGAAAUAGAAGCAAUUACUAAAGCACUGAGAGCUGAAGAUGAUGAUACUAAUAGGUCGACCGAGUUUCUAUGUGAAAUGUUUAAGCAUAUGUCUACAGAUGUUCAACAUCAUUUAUUGGUAUUAACUGCUAAUCAUUGUGAGGAUACCAUGGAACAUUGCCGAUUAUUACUUCUCCUACUUCAAAGAUUUCCUGUGGCCAUUUCUAGUUAUGCGUCAAACUUAGUGGACACACUUUGCAGUGCUGAAAGACAUUGUUAUAAUACUGCAAUAAAUAAUCCUUGUAGAAAAAUACUUGUAUGUGACCUCUUACCAUUACUGGCCAAUGAACAAGAUCUAAACUUGGAUAUAACAGAGAAACAGUAUUAUAAUGUUUUGGUUAAAGCAAUACAGUUUUACCUUUAUUCUAUGGGAUUUAUGCAAUUGGAAGAACAGGAAGAUCUAAAAAUUGAGGGAGCAUGGCAAAAACUAUUUACUAUUGUUGAAUUUAUCGGUAAUCAGUUAGGAUGGGAUCCCACUAUUGGCUUCAGUAAUACAAACUGGUCUAAAGAAGGAUUUUGGCGGAAAUUACUUGCAUAUCAUCGUCAGGUGCCACCCAAUUUUGAUGAGAAACAGAGUUGUUUUACUAUUUUUAUAUUCUUUUGUUAUUGUUUGGAUGAAUAUAAUUUCAGUACUACUCCUGAAUGCAGUCCUGGACAACUUCCUAUAACUCACGUUUUAGUUGAGGCAUUUCUAGAUCCUACCUUACCUGUUCCGCCAGUUGAACCUAAAUUCAAAAGGAGGAAAAAUGAUGCCGCUCCUCAUCCUCAUAUUUCUGUGGAAAAGCCUGAAAUGAAACAGAUGAUAAAUAAUUUUUUUAUGGUUGUAAAUUGUUUUGAAUUCAUUUACAGUACAGAAAGGCUAAAGAGGGAAUUCAAAAAAUUCUGUGAUUGCUUAAAAAUAGAUGCAUACUUAAACGGAUUCAUCAUUGACUACAUGGUCUAUAAAGGGAAAUUUGAUGAGCUUAUAGCUUUUUUUGAAAAAUCCAAUUGUCAAGUUGUUUCUAAAAAUAUUAGGACAGCUCAUGUCUCGUAUAUCACAAAGAAUUAUAGUGCUUGUUUUGAACAAAUUCUUUCCAUACUACCCUUAUUAUCCAUCAGGAAUAAAGGAAAUCUCAGUACAUCACUAGUAAUAGGUGGGGUGCGAAGACAUCUUCAUUUUCUACCAUUAACUCACUUCGCAGUACUACAGUACUGUGUUAAAUUAUUACUCAGAUGUAUAACAGAAAACUUAUCAAGUACAAACUACAAUGAAUAUGCAAUCGGCAGUGCUUUGGUCCUUACUCAGCUGGAUUGGCCACAAGAAGACGAAUUUGUACCCCCCAUUAUGGAAAAAAUUAAACUACAUGGUUCCUUUCAUUUCCCCUUAUUUCAGAAUUAUAUCAUAAACAUAGAAUUAUUGGAGGAACUGACAUAUUUAUGGACGCCUCAAGGUGGUCAAAUUACGUUGGAUAUUAUUCCCCACUUGGGACAAAGAAGAAUAGGUACUCGAGGUGCUGAUAAAGGUGCAAAAGAAGAAAUAAAACAAGCCAUCAGGAGACAAAUAGCCAGAAGUAAUGAGAAGCUAGAUGAUUUACUCUUUAAAUUUUUAACUCAUGAAAGGGCCCAAAUUUUGCAAACACUGAUAUAACGAGAGAACUGAUCAUAUUACCUGUUUCAAAACUUAACUUGAUCUAGAUUUAUACCGCAUGUUUUUCUGUGAUUUAGGAGAUGUUUCGUUUAACCUAAUUUUUUAACCUACAAUUUUUUUACUGUUAAAUGUCAAUAAAAAUGGAUUGAAUUUUUUAAAUAAAUGUCUACAAACUG